GGAACAAGACAAAGAUGCUGAUGUAGAGAAUAUGUUCUCUAUUCUCUCACAGAAAAACAGGAAAUCUAUAAAGCGUUACCUCUGCAUGGAUACGUUAAAGAAAGUACCAAUGCUUCAAAGUACUGAUGAAAGGGUGUUGAAAGUGAUAUGCAACUAUCUGAAGCCAGUGAUCUACUCGGAGAAUAGCUACGUGAUUCGAGCAGGAGAACCACUUGACUUGAUGCUCUUCAUCACACAAGGAAUUAUAUGGACCUUUGCAGGUACUCAGGUUGAUGGUUCUGGAAAAUUAAAUGGUUCCUCUUCAUCAUCAACAUCAUCAAUCACAAGGUGUCUUGAGAAAGGCGAUUUUUAUGGGGAAGAACUUCUUAGCCGAAUUUCGACAUACAUCUCCUUUUCGGACCUUCCUAUCUGCACCGACAAUGUGAAAUGUCAUACAAAAGUAGAAGCGUUUGCUCUACUGGCCAAGGACUUGAAGACGGUAGUGACUGAAUUUUGGUGGUAUUUUCCCAAUUUGAACAAUUCGGAGUUGGAGGAGAAGUUGGCACUUUCUUCCGUUCGAGCAGUCCGUCGACGCAAUCGAGAAAAGAAGGCUACAAGGUCUCCCAAGUUGGCUGCUGAUCAUCGAGAGCAAAGGCUUGCAUAUCAGCGACUACAUGCGUCCUGUUAAUAUAUCGCUACUAAGUAUAAAAUGUAUAAAUAAAUAAAAUCCAACAUUUCCCUCUUGCCUUUGUUUAACACCAAAGCUACCCACACUUGCUAUUGAUGUUA